AUGCCGCAGCUGGAGCCGGCGGGGGGGGACGACCUGGGGGCCCCCGACGAGCUGAUCGCCUUCCAGGACGAGGGCGAGGAGCAGGACAAGGGCGCGGGGCGCGGCUCGGCCCACGGCGACCUGGACGAGCUGAAAUCGUCGCUGGUCAGCGAGACCGAGAGCCGGGGGGGCUCCGGGGCCGGCUCCGACGCCGAGCGGCCCCCCCAGCCCCGGGAAAGUUUCCAGAAGCCGCGGGACGCCCUCGCCGAAGCCCCCAAGAGGCAAGAUGGGGGGUUUUUUAAGGGCCCCCCCUACCCCGGCUACCCCUUCCUGAUGCUCCCCGAGCUGGGCAGCCCCUACCUCUCCAACGGAGCCCUGUCCCCCAGCGGCGCCCGCACCUACCUGCAGAUGAAGUGGCCGCUGCUGGACGUGCCGGCCGGCGCCACGCUCAAGGACAGCCGCUCGCCGUCGCCCGCGCACUUGGUAAGAGCGGCCCCCUGGCAGCGAUGCCGGUCUGAUACUCGCAGGUGGUUUUUUGGGGGGGAUAUUUUGGUUUUCGCCCUCCCACGUGCUCCCCCCCUCGCUGCCCCGCAGUCCAACAAGGUCCCGGUGGUGCAGCACGCCCACCACAUGCACCCGCUGACGCCGCUCAUCACCUACAGCAACGACCACUUCUCGCCGGGCUCGCCGCCCGGCCACCUCUCGCCCGAGAUCGACCCAAAGACGGGAAUCCCGCGGCCGCCCCACCCACCCGAGCUGCCCCCCUAUUACCCGCUGUCGCCGGGAGCCGUGGGCCAGAUCCCGCACCCGCUGGGCUGGCUCGUGCCGCAGCAGGGACAGCCCAUGUACUCCAUCCCUCCCGGCGGCUUUCGGCACCCCUACCCAGCCCUCGCCAUGAACGCCUCCAUGUCCAGCCGCUUCUCCCCGCACAUGGUCCCGCCGCCCGCCCAUGGGCUGCACCCCUCGGGCAUCCCGCACCCGACCAUCGUCUCGCCCAUCGUGAAGCAGGAACCCGCCCAGCCCAGCGCCAGCCCCGGCGGCAGCUCGAAAUCCCCCGUCACUGUGAAGAAGGAGGAGGAGAAGAAGCCCCACAUCAAGAAGCCGCUCAACGCGUUCAUGUUGUACAUGAAGGAGAUGAGGGCCAAGGUGGUGGCCGAGUGCACGCUGAAGGAGAGCGCAGCCAUCAACCAGAUCCUGGGGAGACGGUGGCACUCGCUGUCGCGGGAGGAGCAGGCGAAGUACUACGAGCUGGCGCGGAAGGAGCGGCAGCUGCACUCGCAGCUCUACCCGACGUGGUCCGCACGGGACAACUAUGGCAAGAAAAAGAAGAGGAAGCGAGAAAAGCUGGCCCAGCAGCAAAGCCACGACACGGAGAGUGAGUACCCCCCGGGCAGCCGGAGCCACGGCGCCCGGCCUGUCGGUGGCUCACGGCCUCCUCCGUCACCCGCAGGCGCGCUGGCCUCCAAGAGCAAGAAGCCGUGCGUGCAGUACCUGCCGGCCGAGAAGCCCUGCGACAGCCCCGCUUCGUCCCACGGCAGCAUGCUGGAUUCGCCCGCCACGCCGUCGGCCGCCCUGGCCUCCCCGGCCGCCCCGGCUGCCACCCACUCGGAACAGGCUCAGCCGCUCUCGCUCACCACCAAGCCGGAGGCCAGGGCUCAGCUCGCCUUCCUCUCGGGCAAAGCCGCCUCUUCCUCCUCCUCCUCUUCCUCCUCUUCCUCCUCUUCCUCCUCCUCCUCCUCGAGCCUCGGCAGCCCACCCUCGCUCCUCUCCAGACCCAUCCCCUUCACCUCGGUGCCCUCCACGGCUCUCCUCUCCUCGCCUCCGUCCUUCGCGCCGUCCCCGCAGGCUGCCCUGGCCGUGCUGCAGACGCAGCCCCUCUCCCUGGUCACCAAACCGGCUGACUAAGGGGGGGCUCGCCCCCCCGCCCGGCCCGUCUGCCCCCUCCCUGCUGUACGUUGCAGAAGCCACAAUCAAGAUUCAAAUGCAGCCAAACCAUUAUUGGUCAAUAUUUGACCCUUUUCUGAACUCUUUUUUUUUUUUUUUUUUGUAAGCAGACUCUGGAGGAAGGUGCUUUUCUGCUCAGAGCUGCUGCCGGCAGUCGACCUAAAGACCGUUUUUAUUAAAAAAAGGAAAAAAAAAGGAAAAAAAAAGUUUUUUUUUUUUUUUUUAAAAAAGAAAGACCCUACUCAAGGUGCCGACGAUGGAAAUACGCCGAAUGCGGCGCUCGGUCUCGGGGGCAGAAGCGAAACGCCAGGCACUGACCCGGUGCCUCUGGCUGCUCCCUGCCUUCCCGUCUCGCAGCUCCUGCCCCGCUCCGUCCCACGGUGGUGCCGGGGUGGGCAGGAUCUGGGGCUGAGCCCCCCGUGUGUGCGUGCGGGGGGGUUCCCCUUGAAUCCCUGUUGUUUUUCACGAAAGGAAAUAAAACUACAGCUGCAACUUGCUGCGUGAGCGUGGUCAGUGGGGGAGGCGCUCGCUCCCUGCCCCUCGCCACCUUCGCCCUGGCGGCGCUCGAGCAUCGCCGUGCCCCGGGAACUGGCUCGGGACGCGGCUCCGGUGUGGCCCCCCAUGGGGCCAAGUGUGGCCCCAAGCCCAAAAGCAGCACCCCAAAACAUCAGCGGGCAGGUUUUGGGGUGUUCGCCACAAACC